AUGUGCCCGCCUUAUAAACAUUUUCUCCGAAAGAUAUUUAGUCAUCGAUUCGACGUAUUAUUAAUCAUUAGUACUAAUAUAAGGACCACAUUUAAAUGCAUCUUCUGUCGAUCAUAAGGACGACGGCAAUACACGUGGACACGUUAAAGAUCUGUUGAACGAUAAAAGGAAUUAGUGCAGUACAUAUAGUUGACCUUUGGUACGGACCGAGAAUUUAGAUAGACCUAAUUACUAACUUUGUUUAUGGUCUAGAAUACGUUCAUUCAUACAUUGUGUAGGUCUGAGAGGAAAACAGUUCUCGUGAACGCACGAAACAUGUACUUGAUUCAACGUAUCGCCAUUGGUUAACAAUUUGAUUUAUUACGACUCGUAUACCUCGACGGCGUUUAUUGACAUUUUGGUAUUGAAUGUUACUGUAUGGUGUUGAACAAGGUGGUGUGUUUUGUGCCUUGUUCUUUAUGUAGUUCGUCAAUGACAUAGACGCUUCCAGCUGAGGAAGAAGCAACUUGUGUAAUUGCAAAUAUUUUUAUACUUUGAUAUAUUGCAUCGUAUCUGAGACAUUCAAAAAUGGAAGCCGGAGAAUUAGAGGAAAAGCCAGAGUACCUUACCAAAGGCGAGAAAGUGAAGAGAUUUUUCAAAAAGAAUUUAUUGUUGGUGUUCUUAAUAUGUGCCUUGAUAUGUGGCAUAGCUCUUGGAGCUGGGUUGAGAUUUGUAGAACCCAAAUUUACCGCUCGCCAGGUUCUUUAUUUGGGCUAUCCUGGAGAACUUUUGAUGAACAUGCUAAAGAUGCUGAUAUUACCGCUUGUAGUGUCAAGUUUGGUGUCUGGUAUGGCGUCCCUGGACGCAAGAGCAUCGGGUGUAAUGGGGUUACGAGCUGUUAUUUACUACAUGACUACAACUCUUUUAGCUGUCAUUUUGGGAAUAAUUCUUGUAGUUGUGAUAGAACCUGGUAAAAAAGGAGGAGCGCCAGACAACACCGGAUCUCCUAAAGGAAAGAUCGACCCUGUUGAUACAUUUUUGGAUUUAUUAAGACAAGCUUUCCCUUCUAAUCUAAUUGAAGCAUGUUUCAGAAAACCUCUAACAGAACAAGUUUUAGACGAAGAUGCCAUGAAAGAGAGAGAUGAAAUGAUGAACACCACCAUGACCACUACCUUAUCUACUAUAGCAGCUAAUCUCAGUAAUAUUACACAACCAGAAUUAGAAAAGAUAUAUAAACCAGUGGUAACAAAUGUAGAUGGCAUGAAUGUUCUGGGUUUAGUCGUCUUCUCUAUAGCACUGGGAAUCACCAUAAUCAAACUAGGCGAAAAGGGAAAACCCCUUAAAGACCUAUUUGAUUCACUGAACGAAGCUACCAUGAAACUCAUCUAUGUUGUUAUAUGGUAUUCUCCUAUUGGUGUAAUGUUUUUAGUAGCUGCUAAAGUUGUAGAAAUGGAUGAUCCCGAGAAAACCUUUCAACAAUUAGCCUAUUAUUUCCUUACUGUCAUGGCUGGUUUAACUAUUCAUGGCUUUGUAUCCCUACCUCUUGUUUAUUUUCUGUUUGUGAGGAAAAAUCCAUUUAAAUUUAUUUAUGGUGUUCUACAAGCUAUUGUUACAGCUAUAGGUACUUCAUCCAGUUCAGCAACUUUACCUGUAACACUGAAGUGUCUAGAAGAAAAUAAUGGUGUUGAUCCCCGUGUAUGUAAAUUUGUAGCUCCGGUUGGUGCCACAAUUAAUAUGGACGGAACAGCGUUAUACGAAGCUGUGGCUGUGAUAUUUAUUGGUCAGGUCAGAAAUUUGGACUUGGGUAUUGGAAAUGUAAUAACAGUUAGCAUAACUGCUACUGCUGCGGCUAUAGGAGCUGCUGGUGUACCACAAGCGGGUCUCGUUACUAUGGUUAUUGUACUCACAGCCGUUGGUUUUCCUACUGAAGAUAUCACACUCAUCCUCGCCAUUGAUUGGUUACUUGAUCGGUUCAGAACAGCCAUCAAUGUUUUGGGGGAUGCGUUUGGUGCUGGAAUAGUAGCUCAUCUCUCGAAAAAAGAUCUGGAAAAAAUGGACGCUUCAGAUGAGAGUCUGAGGAAAGAAAAUGGAGAAACCAAUGGCGUUAUUACGCACGCACAUGAGAAUGGCUCUUUUGGUCUGGAUGAUACGAAGAUGUAAAUCUGGAUUAAUAUUGAUUUAAAACUGCGGGUAUGGGAUCACGUUUCACAAUUUGAGUUUGUACAUUCAGAUUAAUUCUCUCUUAUUAUUAAGAUAGUCAUACCUGUUCAUUUAAUUAAUACACAUAGAAUUCCAA